AUGUACUCUCUUAUACAUGGGCAUGAUGAUGCGGUUUAGAUCAGUUAAAAUAUUGACGUCAGAUUUUUGUUUAAUUGGCCCGACGUUUGUUUUUGAGAGUUAAAGGUAAUUGUAGGGUACGGUGUGACAAUAUUCCUUGGAUUCCAGGCAGUGUACAGUCGGCCGGUGGGGUCUGUGACAUAGGCCUAGGGCUAGGCACAUAUUGGUACGUUCCAAUGAUAUGCUUAAGUACAAUUUUGGUGAGAUCUAGGCCUUUUAUUAGCUACAAGAAUUAUGUGGCAUUCUUUAGUACACAGAGGAAGCGCAAGGUGGUAUUGGGACUAGAAACAAGUUGCGAUGAAACAGGAGCAGCAGUUGUUACAGAAGAUGGUGAGGUUCUGGGAGAGGGCCUACGCUCACAGAAAAACAUUCAUGUGAGGAAUGGAGGGGUGAUACCUCCGCUAGCCCAGGCCCUGCACCGUGAAUGCAUACAUGAUGUGGUGCAGAAAGCAUUGGACCAAAGUCAUCUAGACAUCAAGGAUGUGUCUGCUAUUGCUACAACAACAAUGCCAGGCCUGGCGCUGUGUCUUAUGGUGGGCUUGGAGUACACAAAGCAGUUGAUAGCUAAAACCAACUUGCCAUUCAUCCCAGUGCAUCACAUGCAGGCUCAUGCUCUUACAGUGAGGCUUAUAAAUCGGGUUGACUUUCCUUUCCUCGUACUUUUAGUAUCUGGUGGACAUUGCUUGUUGGCAGUUGCUAGAGGAGUGGACGAUUUUCUAUUGUUAGGUCAAACCCUGGAUAAUGCACCAGGGGAAGCCUUUGAUAAGGUGGCUAGGAGGCUAAAACUUCAACACCAUCCACAUUGCCAAGGUUUGAGUGGUGGACAGUCUAUAGAAAAGCUAGCUACUGAGGGCAGCAUACGCUUGCUGAUGGGGAAAGGAACAUCGCUACCAAAGUCUAGAAGUUGUGAUUUUAGCUUUUCUGGUACAAUGAGCCUAGCUCACUGGUUAAUUGGUGUUCAUGAAAAUCACCAAGGCAUAACAAAAGAUGGUGGCAAGCAUCUAGAUAAUCUUCCGGAUAUAUGUGCCUCGGUCCAGCACAAGAUCACGCAUCACCUGUGCACGCGUGUAAUACGUGCUAUUAAUUUCUGCAACCAAACAGGACUUAUUCCUGAGUCUAACCAAACAUUGGUUGCGUCUGGCGGUGUUGCUAGCAAUUCUUACAUUCGCAAUGCUCUUGAAACCACAUGCAGUGCUCUAGAUUAUCAACUGAUCUGCCCUCCGCCUAGGCUCUGCACAGACAACGGUAUCAUGAUUGCAUGGUCUGGAAUGGAGAGACUAAAGCUUGGAAUUGGUAUUUCAAACAAUCCACAGGAUGUAAGAUUUGAACCAAGGUAUCCAAUUGGUGAAGACAUUUCAAGUAAUGUUGUAAAGAGCAAUAUAAAAGUAAAAGCUAUUAAAUUCUGGUGAAAAAAAUAUACUGAAGACGUUUUUAUAUCAUAUUAUGGUACUCUAAUAGUCUAAUCAAGAUGAUCUUGUCUAUAUACUUUCUAAAUUCCAAGGACUGUUUAUGCAUUUGGCAGAGGUAGUAUUGAUUUCUUGAAAUUUAAUGAUGAAGUGAAGUGCACAAGUUGACAGUAGAAGGUUUAGAAAUGAUCAUCUUCGUUCCAUCAUUUUGAAAUAACAUACUGUUUGAAUUUACCGCAACAUUGCCCACACAACUAAUAGCAAAUGUUUAUGUUUCCUUUUCCGCAUUGAUAAUUGCUUUUGAUACAUAGAAGAUGAAGUGAAGAGUAACAGUUCAUAGCCUAACUUGUCACAGUUUCAAUCGUUUUUUUUAGGGGGUGAAAAAAGCAUUUCUUAAGAAUUUACCGCUAGGUUGCCAACAUAACAUAUCAAAUCUUUCCCUCGUUCCAAAGAUUGCAUCUGUGAUUGCAUUUGAUAAUUGCUUUCAAUACACAGAAGUAUGAUUAAAUGAAUGAAUGUUUCUGUUACAAUAUUUUCAAUUUUCACAUUGAUUAUUCCAUUAGUCUGUUACGAAAUAUUUAGCUCCCUAAUGAUCAAGGUGAUUAGUUUUUAAUUAAUGUUUUUGAAAUUAGAUAAAGAUACUUAAAAAAUUGGCACAGUUUGUGUAUCUUCGAAGAUUAAAGACACACUCUUGCCAAAUUGUUUUUAUAAGAAAAAGUUGUAAAUAUUUUCAUUAAAUGAAGUACUUGGAUGAAAAAAUACUCAGUUUUUAAUGAAUUUGCUAUUUACAUGAUAAGUACUCUGUUAAGAAAUAUGAUUGUUUCAUUGUGUAUUUUUUAUUUAUUUAUUUUUUAAUUUUUAACACAGUUCUCAAAUAUGAAAGCACUUUUCCCCAGACACAGUGUGUCCACAUGUCUAAGUUGUGAUGCUGUAGUCAGCAUAGGAGUGGGUCUAACUCCACCAAGUACACAUUUAUACCCUGUGUAGAGAGAAACAGUACCUUGUACAAGGAAACAAGCGAAUUGCCAACCUUCUUCUGCUGUGCCAAACUGCUUUCAUCACCUUACUGCAAUUAUUGGUUUACAUUAAAUAAAUUAUUUUGACUGUCUAAAACA